AACGUGAACAGACCUAAUGAUGCAAUUAAAUUCCCUAUUACCUGCGCACAACAGUUGCGUUUCAGUCAAGAAAGCUACUGCAGUGGAAGCGUCGUUCUUUUUACGAUUGCUGUGUGAAUCGUAUCAAGACGAGGAGGUUAUAAUCGUUAAAAUUUGCAGAAAUGCCACCAAAAAGAGGUAAGGUACAAAAGGAGGAAGUACAGGUUUCUCUCGGACCGCAACUUCGCGAGGGAGAGGUCGUCUUUGGAGUGGCUCACAUCUUCGCAAGCUUCAAUGAUACAUUUGUCCACGUUACCGAUUUGUCAGGCAGAGAAACGAUUGCUAGAGUCACUGGUGGUAUGAAGGUGAAGGCAGAUCGUGAUGAGGCCUCUCCGUAUGCAGCUAUGCUUGCAGCUCAGGAUGUUGCAGAGAAAUGUAAAUCACUGGGUAUCACAGCACUGCACAUCAAACUGAGAGCUACGGGAGGUAACAAAACGAAGACUCCUGGCCCAGGUGCACAAUCUGCUCUGCGCGCUUUAGCUCGUUCAAGCAUGAAAAUCGGUCGUAUUGAAGAUGUUACUCCUAUUCCAUCAGAUUCUACCCGUAGGAAGGGAGGUCGUCGUGGACGUAGGCUAUAAGUUAUUCUUAUGGCCUUCUAUAUGGUUUAUUAUCUUUCAAUAAAUAUUUAAAAAAAAAAAAGAAA